CUUGUCCAGCAAGCCAAUGUUUGGGCUUAUACCCAUGGGAGAGCUCUCCAGCAGCUUCGCGAGUGUUUGGCGCGAAGGCCUAGAAAACCCCAGAGAAGUCUGCGAGUGCUUGAGAUAGAGAUCUAGAGAGGGGAGAGUGAGAGAGAGAGGUGCCCUGAAAGUGGGAAGCUAGAGAGAAAUAUGGUUGUCAGGAUGUGGAGGAUCGCUAGGAGGGCAUCCGGUGCCGGGAAAGUUCUCUACUCUUGCCGUCAAGGUGAUUUGCUAGCUGGGACGGGCUUUUCUGGCGUCCCCCAGUUAAGAUGCGUGUCAUCCCGGCGGAUUUUCGUAGACGCACCGGUGGGCGUUUGCUGCAAAGAGAUGAUGCCCGCCAGUGUUUCCAAUUCCAUCUCCCGAGGCCAAGUUGUCGCAGGACUUGCUCGCCAUUUCCAUUCCUCGACCCCUUUGCGCUCAAACGCUGCAAAUUCCGGCCAGAUCAAUCAGUCAGAAUUCACUGACAUGGCAUGGGAGGGAAUAAUUGGUGCUGUAGAGGCUGCUCGACAGAACAAGCAACAAGUAGUGGAAACUGAGCAUUUGAUGAAGGCUCUUCUUGAACAGAAGGAUGGUUUAGCUCGUAGAAUAUUCACUAAGGCAGGGGUUGACAACACAUCAGUUCUGCAGGCUACAGAUCUGUUUAUCAAUCAGCAGCCAAAGGUGGUGGGUGAUACUAGCGGUUCAAUAAUAGGCAGCAACAUAAAAGCUGUCUUGGACAAUGCAAAAAAGAAUAAGAAGGAUUUUGGUGAUGAUUUCUUGUCAGUGGAGCACCUAAUGUUGGCACUCCUUUCAGAUAAGCGGUUCGGACAACAGUUGUUCAAGAAUCUCCAACUUGGUGAAAAAGAGCUAAAAGAAGCCAUCUUAGCCGUCCGGGGGAAUAAAAAAGUGACAGAUCAGAAUCCUGAAGGAAAAUAUCAAGCGCUAGAGAAAUAUGGGAAUGACUUGACAGAGUUGGCGAGACGAGGCAAACUUGAUCCUGUUAUAGGUCGUGAUGAUGAAAUCCGGCGUUGUAUACAGAUCUUGUCAAGGAGAACAAAAAAUAACCCUGUUAUUAUUGGUGAGCCUGGUGUUGGAAAAACUGCAAUUGCUGAAGGAUUGGCACAAAGGAUCGUGCGUGGAGAUGUGCCUGAGCCUCUUAUGAACAGGAAGCUGAUUUCAUUGGAUAUGGGCUCACUGAUUGCUGGAGCAAAAUUUCGUGGGGAUUUUGAAGAGAGACUGAAAGCUGUUUUAAAAGAGGUCACUGCAUCAAAUGGUCAAAUCAUAUUAUUUAUUGAUGAGAUCCACACAGUUGUUGGUGCAGGUGCUAUGAAUGGAGCAAUGGAUGCAGGAAACUUGUUGAAACCAAUGCUGGGUCGCGGAGAGCUCCGAUGUAUAGGAGCCACAACAUUGAAUGAGUAUAGGAAAUACAUUGAGAAGGAUCCUGCUCUAGAGCGCAGGUUUCAACAGGUGUAUUGUGGUCAGCCAUCUGUUGAAGAUACUGUUUCGAUUCUUAGAGGAUUACGUGAACGUUAUGAGUUGCAUCAUGGAGUUAGAAUAUCAGAUAGUGCACUUGUUUCAGCUGCCAUUCUUGCUGAUCGCUACAUCACAGAGAGGUUCCUACCUGACAAAGCUAUUGACCUUGUCGACGAAGCUGCUGCAAAGCUGAAAAUGGAGAUCACCUCCAAGCCUAUUGAAUUGGAUGAGAUAGAUCGAGCAGUUCUGAAGCUAGAGAUGGAAAAGUUGUCUUUGAAAAAUGACACUGACAAAGCUGCUAAAGCUCGUCUAACCAAACUGGAAACUGACCUUGAGACACUUAAACAAAAGCAGAAGGAGCUGGCAGAGCAGUGGCAGCAUGAAAAAGGCCUUAUGACUCGAAUCCGAUCGAUCAAAGAGGAGGUGGAUAGAGUCAACUUAGAGAUGGAAGCUGCAGAACGUGAAUAUGACCUAAACCGUGCUGCAGAGCUCAAGUAUGGAACCUUAAUUUCACUUCAAAGGCAGCUUGAAGAGGCAGAGAAGAACCUUUCUGAAUUUCAGAAAUCUGGAAAGUCACUACUUCGAGAAGAGGUCACUGAUCUUGAUAUCGCAGAAAUUGUGAGCAAGUGGACUGGAAUUCCAUUAUUGAACUUGCAGCAAUCUGAAAAGGACAAGCUAGUUUUACUAGAACAGGUUCUUCACAGAAGGGUUGUUGGUCAGGAUAUUGCAGUUAAAUCUGUCGCUGAUGCAAUUAGACGGUCAAGGGCUGGAUUAUCAGAUCCCAAUCGUCCAAUAGCAAGCUUCAUGUUUAUGGGUCCAACAGGUGUUGGUAAAACAGAGCUUGCGAAAGCUCUUGCUGGGUAUCUCUUUAACACAGAAAAUGCCCUUGUGAGGAUUGACAUGAGUGAGUACAUGGAGAAGCAUGCAGUUUCCCGCUUAAUUGGUGCACCUCCUGGUUAUGUGGGCUAUGAGGAAGGGGGGCAGUUGACUGAGGUUGUUCGCAGGAGACCCUACUCUGUUGUGCUCUUUGAUGAAAUUGAAAAGGCACACCAUGAUGUUUUCAACAUUCUUCUUCAGUUAUUGGAUGAUGGAAGAAUAACUGAUUCACAAGGACGUACUGUGAGCUUUACAAAUUGUGUUGUCAUAAUGACAUCAAAUCUUGGGUCUCACAUAAUUCUAGAGACACUUCGGAGUGCAGAAGGUUCAAAAGAUGCAGUCUAUGAUAUCAUGAAGAGGCAGGUUGUAGAAUUAGCUAGGCAGACGUUCCGUCCAGAGUUCAUGAACCGUAUUGAUGAGUAUAUUGUCUUCCAACCGUUGGACUCAAAAGAGAUCAACCGUAUCGUUGAAAUACAGCUCAAACGCUUGCAAGAUCGGCUUAAACAGAAGAAGAUAGACAUUCAGUUCACAAGUGCUGCAGUUCAGCUCUUGGGCAUGCUAGGGUUUGAUCCUAAUUUUGGUGCUCGGCCUGUCAAGAGAGUGAUACAGCAGAUGGUGGAAAACCAAGUAGCUCUCGGUGUUCUGAAGGGGGAUUACAAAGAAGAUGACUCUCUGUUGCUAGAUGCAAACCUGUCCCCUGAAUUAAAGGAUGUCAGUCUUCCCAACAGACUGGUGAUUACCAAAAUCGAUAAUGCUUCUCCGAAGGAUGAGCUGGUAGCAGCUAGCUAACUGCUAUUAUCUCUCCACUGUUGCCUUUAGAGAUACAGCUUAGUUGCCCUUUUGUAAAUUUCUUCAAUAAACAGUAUAUUGGUAACUUGCAUGGCACCUUUUGGGCAGUGUCUGGCUUUUUUGUGCCAUACUUUCACAGUUUCUGAGUUCUUUAGGUUCUUGUCUACUGUGUAACAGAAUGUUACAAGAGCUUUGUUAAGACGUCCUCAUUCCUCUGUUUCCCGAUCCCCAUGAUGAUCCUGAAUGGUUAUUGUUCAGGAACAGGUCAAUGUUUCCUUGUCUAGGUUUAGGCCAGAGAGCUGAGUCUGGUUUCACCGACCUUUUAGUCUAAAUGACAGGCAAUAACUGAUUAGGAUGGAUCUUGGUCAGUCAAUAGAGGAAGUUUCAGCUAGCUCGUGACAGAUCUAUAAACGUUUCAGCCUGUUAGAUCUAUCAACCUUAUUGGUAUCUGGUAUUCUGCCCUUUUGUUGCUUAUGCUCAAAGGAGCCCAUGUAUCUCAGUACUUGCUAUGCCCAAAAGAUUGUACUCUUUGAAGCCUGUCCAUGUAUUGGUGGUUAUUUUCAGCGAAUACAUCAUCAGUCAGCUCAUGGAAGAUGAAAGCGGUUAAUGAUCAGUAUCGGGGGAUACAAUCUCUGCACCAUAUUUCAUUACUCAAUUCCAAACAGUUCUCAGCUCCCAAAAGAGAACACUGGUAGUUGGCCUUAAGAGACAAAAGGGGAAACUGCACCACAAUCGCAAAACUAGUGAUAACUGGCCUUACGUGCCCUGUCCAGGCCUGUCAAUGCAAUGAUGAACAGUUUAGGAGGCGAUAACUUGAGUGCUGAUUCAUUAUCAAAGUGAUCGAUCCAAUUGGUGAAUUCUUUGCUAGCUUCCCUGUCAGUUCUGAGAACGGUUCAAUAACGAGGCCAGCACCGUGACAGGGAAAUUGUAUAAAAGUUACAAAAAAAGUGUUGAUGGCCACGGAUACUACAUCCAAGGCUGAUACAUCAUAAGUUACUAGCUUUUCUUCAAUUUACCAUAACCACCAUGUACAAUUUAUCAAUAUGUUUGGAUGGAUAGGAAGACAAAAGUUCUGAAGGAAGAGAAAGAAAAGGAAAGAAAUUGAUUAAUGAAGUGAAGAGAAGGAAAAGAAAAUGAAAAAAAACCAUUAUAAAAGCUUGUUUGGAUAAGAAGGAAAGGAAAUGAAAGGAAAAAAAUUAACUUAAUUAACGUUAAUGCCCUAACAUCCUCAAAAUUAAAACAGAUAUGCUUUUUAUACAAGCUAAAAAAUAUUUUAAACAUGGAAUCAUCAAAUACCAAAUACCAACUUUUCUGCACAAGAGCGAUAAGUGGGUGCACCUCGCACAAGGGACGAACAUGGCGUGAACGGAGAUGAACAUUGGCCUGCUUUGUCCUACACUGACAAUUGUUCGAGAACCCUUGUCAGAAGAUUCUCUGACGAAUGUGCUUUCUGAUUUUCUUAAUAAAUAUAGAAUUGUAGGGAAGCGCAGGCCAGAUCAACAAAUAUACAAGCUUUGACAAUAAAUGUGUUUCCGUUUCGACGCCUCCUCCCAGAAGGGAGCGCGUUCCGUAUACGCAUGAUUUGUAAUUAAAAAUAUGAAAGAAAAGGAAACCAGUCGAGCGGUGGGUUUUCCCCGCCCGACGGUCCGUUUCAUUGUUACGGUGAAACCUUUACCACCGUAACACUGUUACGGUGCAACCUUCAUCCGUCGCUGGAGGCUCGGAGCUGCUGCCGCUGUUGGUGGAGCCACCCGCUGGAAUAAUCGCUGCUGCUGCAGCUGGUGGAGCCACCGUUCAAGACAGUGACAAGGUAGCUCCACCAAUUUGCAAUGAAGAAGCCUCUAAAGGAGUUCAUAUAACACAUUGUUCUCUCUUCCUUUUGCAUCAUAAAACAGAGGAACCAGACGGUGAUGCAUCUUUUAAAGUAUCACAUGGAUUUGAUGAGAAGGGUAGUGUGCAGGACAGAAGACUAGUUAUCUAACAAGUUGUCAUAGUUGUUUUUGUUUUAUGGCUUAGAACAAUUGAAUAUUUUAAACAAUUUGUACGGGACCAUGGUGUUUUAACAUGUUAAUACUUGUUAACAUUGAUAGAGAAAAUUGUGAGAUGUCCGUUUUUGUACUA